AUGCCUAUCCAAAAAGCUGGUGAACAAGUUGGUGCUGCCGUGAGAAAGGAAGAUCUCCAACCCGGUCAGAAAGUUAGAUAUCAUCCCGUUGGUGGUGGUAUGCAACUUACCGAAGGAAUCGUCAAGAAAAUUAUUACUUCUUCUGAAGUCGCUGGGGAAACUCAAAAAAUGGUUAAAGCGUCUGAAGAAGAACCUAGAGUAAUUAUUGAGAAUUCACAUACUCAUAAGGAAACCGCUUAUAAAAUUGAGAACAUUGAAGAAAUCAUCGA